AUGCUUCGCCCAAAACUGGCCGCUGUGUUCUUGCGCUGGGCUCGUAUCGCUGCAGACGUGCAGCAUGCGCGCCGGGUGGAGCAUUGUCGAGACCGACUUCAAAGGUUGCGGAAUUCGCACACAAAGCAGGCCGCUGUGUACUCCCAAGCAGCGGAAGCCAAAGUGAAAAGGCAACAGCAUUGCUCACAGCUGAAGGUCUUAUUGGCCUGGCGCACUUUGCGGGCCAGGUCAUCCAGCCAAAUGCUAUCUGUGAGCCAAGCAGUAACGAGGCUUUUAGACAGAGGUGCUCACCGAGACCACAGCUACUGGCUUCGCGCGUGGCACUAUGCUGCUCAGGAGACCAGGCGGGCACAUGCGGAGCUGGUGGUGCAGCGACAGAGUUCUCAGCAGGCAGUACUGUGCCAUGUCUCCAGCCGAUCAGCACUGCUUGCGCAACGAGCUCUGCUGGCAUGGCGAGCCACGCGCUGGGCAUCCACCAGGGACAUUAGCAGCAAAUCUGGCGUCAAGGGCAAGACACAGGAGGAUUUCCUUUCAAUCAUGGUUUUCACAGCGUGGCAGUGGGCGGUGCAUCUUCAGCAGGAGAAGGAAACCUUGGCUGCUGCUGGCUUGCAAGCCAGGAGGAGGCAAGCUGCUGAAGCUGCCCAGCAAUUCGAGAGGCAGAACCUGCUGGUGAAUAGACUUUGCUUCUUGGCCUGGGUGUCGGAACUAACCUCACGGAGACUGGCUCAGAGCAGCUCUGAGCGGGACGAGAUGCUGGAGCUGGUGGAGAGCAGUAAUACGUGGAUCCUCCAGUUGCAGCGAGAGCGACGAGACUACGAGGAGCAGCUUCUGCCAGCCUUGCAGCAGGUCCACGACUUGCAGGAGGCCUUGGCCUUUGAGGUGGGCGCCAAGGAGGACCUCAUUUUUCAGAUUCAGCACCUUCAGGAGCAGCUCAAGGUCGUGGAAGCAAACCUCGGAGAGCGCCGGGAUCGCGAAGGCGUGCCUGCAUGGUACGGGGCCUUGGAUUGCUUUGCUAAGGCCAACGUUUUCUUUGCCGAGAGCUUUGUUGGUAUGGGAGGGCUUCUGGUGGCCAUACCGCAGGUUCACAGCCUAGCAGAAGGUAUGGAGCGAAUGGGCCUGUGCGCUGAUGUGCGCCAGCAGAGCCUCGCAAGGCUGCUGCGCCUACCAAGGUGCACCUUGGUCCGCUGGAAAGUGCAUAGGCUCAGAGCCGGCACCUGCAAGAGCCUCAAAUUCGCCUUCGAAGACCACUUCGACUCAGAGACCUGCAUUCCUGAUAGCCACGGAGUGCUGCGACCAAGCCCGGAGAAUUGGAGCCCCGAGAUUGGCUACAAGCGCGGGAAGGAGCUGCAGUGGUACCAGCCGCAGAAUGCGGAAUGCAAAGAUGGCGAGUUGGUCAUCACUGCCAAAAGGGAACGACAGUCCUGGGAGAAGCCUGAGGGCUCGCAGUGCCGAGUCGUGAACUGGGACAACAGAGAACAGCCUUUGGACAACCAGACAUGUGCAGUGUGUGCGCCACCGUACUUUCAGUACUACAACCCGUGUGACCUGUUGCGGAAGGAUGAGACUGGCGCUCCUGCUUGCGAUUGCUCUCACACGGCAGAAUUUACUUCUGCUUCUUUGAUGACACGUGGCAAGAAGGAGUUCUCCUAUGGCUUGUUUGAGCUACGCGCCAAGAUCGACACGAGACCAGGAGCCUGGUCGAGCUGGUGGGCCAUUGGAAAUUUCGAUUAUGUACCAUGGCCAAAGAACGGCGAAAUCGACAUCAUGGAUGCCUUUCAACGCAUGGUCAAAGCUAGCGUUAUCCAUGCGGGCGAGAGUGGACUUCCCAGCAGUGCCAUUCAGCAUGCAGGUGCCAGAAUGGUUGACAGGGAGUGGGAGAAGUACUACCACACCUGGCAGCUAGAAUGGGACAAAGACUUCAUGGAGAUCCGAGUUGAUGGUGAAGCCAUUCUCAAGGUUGACCUUUCUGUGGCUGAUCCUCAGAGAACUUCCUGGCCGAACCCAUUCACACAGGGAAAGAAGUUCUUCAUGAUACUGAACCUUGCAGUUGGAGGUCACUCCGGAGGAGAUCCUGCCUUGACCCAGUUUCCCAGCCAAUUUCACGUGGACUACAUCCGUGUAUUUCAGAAAAAGGGCAGCACAGAGCGAUGA